GUUUUAAAUUCGUGUCAGACGCACGCAAAAUUUCUUUGAAAAUGUCUCAAAACCUUACAAAUGCCACGGAGCAAGAGAUACAAGCGUUGGAAACGCUGACGGAUGAAAAAUUGAAGUCAAAUGUAUAUAAGGGCAGCAUGUCCGAAAAUAACAUCAAGCAAACCCAAAACGUCAAAGUAUCACGUAAGUUGGAUCAGAAUUCAGAAUCCAAAGUUGCGGAUCAACUUGAUGCUUUAGCCUUGGUGGAAACCGCAAAGAUGUCAGUGAAACGUGAGGAUAAAUGUACUCCUACUUCCUAUAAAUCGUUACCGUUACUAAACGAAUCGAAAACCGGGUGCUUGACUACGAACUGGGAAUCGUAUAACUUAAAGAAAAACAGGAAGGAUUUUAAACGUAAAAAUAAUUCAAAUUCAGGAAUUAAAGGCAUAAACAUGAACAUUCCUGUCGAAGGUGUCUUGAAUAAAGACAAUUUAGAAGAGCCAAGUGAAGAAACUCUCUUAGAUGAUGAGAGUUUCCAGUACAAGUACUUCCCGAAGAACUCCAAGUCGGUGGUAUUCACCAAAGACGUUCUAGUUAUCUAUUUUAAUGGAGAAGACGUAGUCUCUGAACUUAAGGAGCCACUCAAGAAGGAGGUAGAGCAACAGGUGAGAAACAAGGAGAUGAGACAGACGCACCUUAUCAAAACACAAGAGAAGUACAAUCUAUGUCUGUUUUAAAUACAAAGUAACACUCGAUGCGUGCAUUUGUAAGGCUAGUUUCAUUAUUAUACAUUAUACGAUGUUGUAUUUUAUAUAUUUUAUACACUGUUGUUUAAAUACAUGUUCAACAACGAAA